UGCGAUCCGUUUACAUCCCUAGAACUCACUCUUCGACGCUUCAGCGCAUAUGGUGGGCGUUUUGAGACUGCUGGGAGUUCUGUCUGUUGGAUCCUCAGUGACCGAGUCGUAGAGUUCCAGGGCGCGAAAAGGUUGGGAGUGUUGUGCGUGAUAAUGGCGCCUAAGCGGAAGAAGAGAAGAACCGAUCAAGAACAGCCAAGAAAUGGAGGCCACCUUCAGUUUCGCAGAGAGGAGAGACGACGCUGCCGCCCCUGUUCUUCGUCGUUUAUCAGAUUUCUGUUCAUCAGCUUCAGGAACAUCUCUUCACCAGAUGCAAGGACAGACAAAGCUACAACUCCCCGUCAGAGUUCAGCUUCUCCUACGGUCCAUGUUGGUGGAAUAUAUCUUAAGAUUCAACAGGCCAAGAAAAAUGCAGUGGCACAGGCACAACAAGACGGAUGCACUGGGAAUUUCAGAAGCUUUGAUUCUCCAUUUGGGAACUUUCUUGUGCCUGUAAUUCCUACUCUUGCAGACUUGACAGGGAUAAAGCUCAUGGCUUGGAGGAUGCAAAGAGAAUUGUGCAAAUCUGAUUAUAGGAAUGGGACUAGGGACCUGGUACGAUGCUUUGGAUACAGCCUUUUCAUGUGAUCAACAAGCUCUCUGAAAGACUUGAUACCAAAGUAAAACUGGUAGUGAAUGCAAAUUGCAGCUAACUUGGACAAGCAUGAUACAUAUGAACCCUAGCUAGGAAAGCCAAGCAGAGGUUCUCCCCUUGUCCCCCAAAUGAGCAUUGAGUGAGGUGGGUAUGUUCCUUACAUUUUCAAUGGUUCAGAAUCUUCCAACUGUUCACCACCCCCCUUUGGCUUUUUGCCACUAGUAUUUGUUUAAUUUGUAUUAAGUUAUUAACUCAUGAUGGAAUCAGAUAAGACUCAAGUUUUGACACUGAAGUGGGAUAGGGAUAGGAAAGGCUUAUAAUUCAUUAAAAUUGAGCCCCACUUGACUUGCCUGAUGGCAGAUAAGUAUGGUAGAACAAAAUUGCAGUGCACCCUAGCUUUUUCUAACCAAAAAGAACCAUACAUAAGCAUCCAAGAGACGUUUCCGGUCUUAAAAUUUAUAGGAAUCUGAGACCACUGCUUCAGUGGGAACUGAGGGUUUCCUCAAGUCAUUUUCUUUUGAACCUGCUUUAUAGAUGGCCAUAUCUUCUUGAAUUUUGUUGCAGUAAGCUACAUUAUUACGUAAUGUAACAUCCUUCUUGAUGCA